UCAGUGAUCAGUGUCCUCGGUAGAGACGCACCAACUCCAUCCACACUCCGGUGCUGAUAGACCGCUCUGACCUGCCAACAUUGCCCGGCACACGGACGGCCCGCUCCCCGCAGAGACGCAGAGUUCAGGAAGCAGGUGAUCAAAGCUCUGAAGAUGAUUAAGCUCUUUUCCCUGAAGCAGCAGAAGAAAGACGAGGAAUCUGCUGGAGGAAACAGAACCGGAGCCGGGGGGAAGAAAGCCAGCGCGGCCCAGCUCCGGAUACAGAAAGACAUCAAUGAGUUGAACUUGCCAAAGACGUGUGAGAUCAACUUCCCUGAUGACGACGACCUCCUCAACUUCAGACUCAUCAUCUCACCAGACGAGGGUAUUUACAAAGGAGGAAAGUUUGUGUUCAGCUUUAAGGUAGGACAGGGUUACCCCCACGACCCCCCCAAGGUAAAGUGCGAGACGUUGGUGUAUCACCCCAACAUCGACCUGGAGGGAAACGUCUGCCUAAACAUCUUAAGAGAGGACUGGAAGCCUGUUCUGACAAUAAACUCCAUCAUCUACGGUCUACAGUAUCUAUUUCUAGAGCCAAAUCCUGAGGAUCCGUUGAACAAGGAGGCAGCAGAGGUUCUCCAGACGAACAGGCGGCUCUUCGAGCAGAACGUCCAUCGCUCUCUGCGCGGCGGCUACAUUGGCUCCACCUACUUUGAGAGAUGUCUUAAAUAACUCGGUGUCCCAUGAUCCUCCAAACUCCUUCCCUCUCCCUCCUCCACCCCUCACCUCCUCCUCCCCCGUCUCCUCCCCCUCCCCUCCUCAGUCCUGCUCGUCGGCCGAAGCAGGAGCUGCAGCGACAGGAAGCAGCACGCCAGAAGACGCUUUUCUGUUUUAAAACAAAAGAAGAAGAAACCCCACCCUCCCCUCCUCCCUCUCCUCCACCCUCUGCCUCCCCCCUCCUCCCAUGUUUCUCUGUUUUACUUCCAAGACGCAGCAUUCAGCCGUUUACACGCCACGGGGGGGCGCCAACAUCACACACCGGACUGGACUCAAAGAUGGCCGACAGCGAACCGCUGCCGAGGACGAGGAUGAUGAUGGACAGGGGAGGCGGGUGUAGGUAGUCAGUGAAUGUUGCUCGGUGAUUCGGUGAACGCCACAGCGCUGAUGAUGAUGAUGAUGCCCACGUCGUUUAUUUUUUUAUUAUUUUUAAUUCUGCGUGGCGAGGACACCUGACAUUACACAGGUGGUCAGAAGGACACGCCCCCUCAUCCAUCCAUUACACAUCGGUCAGCAGCAGCAAACUCCAAACGCCGUCUCGGACUGUUGCCCCGGCAACCUGACAGUCGCUCCAGUGAAGGAGGAGCUUGUGACCCCAGUGUGGGACGAGCUUGUAAAUUGGAGGAAGCAGAUGCGCCUUAAACGUUCUCUAAUAGGAUGGACAGGUCCGUGGUAGUGCCGGCACUGGGGGAGGGGCUAGUGGGAGUAGGAGGAGCUUGUGUUAAAUGAGCAGAGGACAGUGUGUGCUGGUGGUGGGAGGGGCUUAUGAGACCCAAUAAGCUCCUUUUAACAUUCCUCAAAGCCGGAGCUCAGGGUGGAUUUAUCCUCCGACUACAACAGCUGGAGAAGUCAAACCUGCAGGUGGUCGCUGCUGAUUGGCUGCGGGUGGUCGGGGGUCUCUGCUGAUUAGCUACAGGUGUGACAGGUGGCAGCGAACAAGUGGAAACACGCCGGAGUACAUCAGUUUGGAGUUUGCUGCUACGCAACACACACACACGAACACAAAUCACACACAGCGUUGAUGGGUGGAGCAUUGUAUCAGGUGGGCGGGGCUGUUGUGGGGUGGGGGCGGUCGUGUGUUUGUUUAAAGGGAGGUGGGCCGGGCUAGGGGGGAGGGCAGCAUUUGAUUUUCAUUUGGGGGGGUUGUUGUGGGUGGGGGCAGAGGGGGAGGGGCUUAAAAUGUUACGACUCUAUUGUGUAUAUUGAAACCCCAGCUGUUCACAUUGACUGCAAUAUGAUUUAUGUUAAAUAAAAUAUGAACUUGACUGAUUGUAACUGGUGACGUCAGUUUAACACGACACAAAAACUAGUUCAGAUUUUCAGUUUCAUUACAGAUUAAAAGUGGAGAGUCAUUUCAGAGUUAACAUAUAAUAAACUUUAUAGAUGAAACGCUUUUCUACCGAUGUUAUAAAAUAAAAGCUCAGAUUUAUCCAAGCAGCUAAAAUAAUGUUGGAUUCAUAUUUCAUAUGCCAGAAAUAUGAUAAAAUUGAAAAAUGUCUGGACAGGAACUACAGAAACACUGCCUCCUACAGGAAAAGAGUGGAACUACAGAAACACUGCUCCCUAUAGGCAGAGACAGGAACUACAGAAACGCUGUCCCCGACAGGCAGAAACGGAAAAACUACAGAAACACUGCCCCCUAUUUCUAAAGACUGGAACUACUGAAACAAUGCCCCCUACACGCAGAAACAGAAAAACUACAGAAACACUGCCUCUACAGGUAAAGACUUGAACUACAGAAACAAUGCCCCCUAUAGGCGGAGACAGGAACAAUAGAAACACUGUCUCCUAUAGGCAGAAACAGGAAAACUACCGAAACACUGCCCCUACAGGUAAAGUCUAGAACCACAGAAACACUGUCCUCUGCAGGGACAAACAGAAAAACUACAAAAACACUGCCCCCGACAGGUAAAGACUGUUACUACAGAAACACUGGCCACUACAGGUAAAGGCUGGAGCUACAGAAACACUGCCCCCUAUAAGCUGAGACAGGAACUACAGAAACACUGCCCUCUACAGGCAGAAACAGAAAAACUACAGAAACAUUGCCCUCUACACGUAAAAACUGGAACUACAGAAACACUGCCAUCUAGGCAGAGACAGAAACUAUAGAAAUACUGUCCUCUACAGGUAGAAGCAGAAUCUACGAAAACUCUGCCCCCUACAGGCCGAGACAGGAACAACAGAAACAACAAAUCAAAAUUCAAAUAACUUGCAUUCAUAUUUAAUUAAUAAUUUCCCUUUUAUUGCUUUUAUUUCCAUUUCUGAUCAUUCUAUAAACUGAGAGUCGAUAGAAAACCACAAUAAAAUCUCAUGAAAACUGUAAUGAGGUUAGAUACCGCAAACUGUUUUUGCUGUUUCUCUUUUUACUAUACAAAACAUUUUAACAAUCAGCUAUCUGUGCUGAAAACUUCACUAUUUAAUCUUCUAUGAAUCAAAGCCACUGAUGGUGAAUGUUGUUUAUGCAGCUGCAGUUCCUCUCAUGUCCACUCAUGCUGUGGUCAGAUUUUGACUGUAUUAAAGUAAAUGGGGAAAAAUUACGAAGGCCUUUCUGUGCCAAGAGGCAAAAGAACUGAUGGUGAAAAUAAACUGGGACUUUAGGGAAUUAAUGACAACAUUAAAUCACAACAUUGAGAAAGUACAUUAAAUGUUUUGAUGUAAUAUUUCAGUUUGUGUAAAAAUGAUGCUGUAAUCUCAUAGUUUUGCCUUAAUGUCAUUUUUUUAACACAUCAUAAAUUUGAAAUAGUCUAAUCUCAAUUUCUGAAAGAGUAAGUCCAAAUAUUUUACCAUAAUUAUAUUCAUAUUCUUAACAUAAUUUUUUUUCCCUUGACACAAAUGGGCUUCCAUACACCCUCAUGGUCUCUUUAGAAAUACUAAAUUUUUUUAAAUUUUUCUUAUUUACACAAGUUCAAUGUCCUUCAACAAAAAGCAGGUUUUCUUGCUCAGUUUGUGUCACAAGCUGAUUUUAGUUUUUACAAGAAACAUGAGAAUCUUAUUUCCACAUGAUCUUUUGUUUAUGCUAUCCUUUUAAAACAACCUUUUCAUGUAAUAUCAAGAUAAUUUUGAUGUUGAUACUACAUUUAUUUCUAUGACCACGUUUACAGGUUUCAUUGUCAGAGCACUUUGCUUCUUUUCAUUAGAGCUGCAGUUAUUUUCGAUUAGCAAUUGGCAGAAAACUGACGAAUAUUGUGAAAGAAUUGAUGAUUUUUUGGUUUGGUCUCUUUGGUUUUGUGAUUGAAUAAAACAUGAAAACAUGA